AAAGUUGAGUCUAGAAACAAGAGCAAACAAAUUCAAUCGAUAUGGCUAAUCCUAGUUAUUGGCCAUCUCUUCUUAUGUUGGUCCUGGCCUUGUAUGUCGUAGCUGCGCAUACAAGCGCUCAGUACACAUACCCCGCACCAUCACCACCACUGUAUGUAUACAGUUCUCCACCCCCAUACGCGUACAGUCCACCCCCAUCUCCAUAUGGUUACAAGUCUCCCCCUUACGUCUAUAGUGCUCCAACGACAUACGCCUACAGUCCACCACCAUACGCCUACAGUCCACCACCAUCUCCAUAUGUUUACAAGUCUCCACCUUACGUCUAUAGUUCUCCACCACCAUACGCCUACAGUCCACCACCAUCUCCAUAUGUUUACAAGUCGCCACCUUACGUCUAUAGUUCACCACCAUACGCCUACAGUCCACCACCAUCUCCCUAUGUUUACAAGUAUCCACCUUACGUAUAUAGUUCUCCACCACCAUACGCCUACAGUCCACCGCCAUCUCCAUAUGUUUACAAGUCUCCACCUUACGUCUAUAGUUCUCCCCCACCAUACGCUUACAGUCCACCACCAUCUCCGUAUAUUUACAAGUCUCCACCUUACGUAUACAACUCCCCACCAGCAUAUGCCUACAGUCCCCCACCACCAUCUCCAUAUCUUUACAAGUCACCACCAACUUCUCCUUACGUCUACAGUUCUCCUCCAUAUGUUUACCAGUCUCCACCGCCAUCUCAAAGCUAUAAUUAUAGCUCUCCCUCUCCUCCAAUAUACUAACAGACAUACAUGAUGAACUGAGUUUCAAAACAAUUACAGUUUCGUAUAUCAGCCAUCAUAUUCGUGGAAUAUAACUUUUUUUUCUUUCUAAAUUUUCAUAUAUAUAAUAAAUAAAAUGUAUAUCUUUGCUUACAAAGAAGGUGCAUUUUUGUUGUUUG